UUAAAACCGGCGGGGCGGGAGAGCGCGCCAUCAGCCAGCUCCUCUCCUCCUGCCCCCUCCCUCCCUCCAUCUCUCCUCCCCCACUGCCUUCCGCAAACACCUUGUCACCUUCCCCUUCCAAAAGCAGGAGUAAGGAGAGCACACGCCACCGCCAUGUCCCCUACCACCACCCCGUCCCCCGCGCCACCCAAGGGCGCCAAGCGCAGCCUCAUGUCCUCGCUCAUGGAAGCCACCGCGCUGCUCCGGACCUCCUCCUUCAAGGAGGACUCCUACGUCGCCGCCGCACUGCCGUCCUCCGAGCUCCGCGCGCUCGCCGACCUCAAGGCGCUGCUCGCCACCCACCCGGACCCCAUCUCCAUCUGGGGCGUCCCCCUCAACGCCCCUUCCUCCCCUCCCACCGCCGCGACCGACGGCGCCGCGGCGGUCCCGGACGAGCGCGCGGACGUGGUGCUCCUCAAGUUCCUCCGCGCGCGCGACUUCCGCGUCCGCGACGCACACGCCAUGCUGCUCCGCUGCGCCGCCUGGCGGGCCGAGUUCGGCGCCGACGCGGUGCUCGACGAGGACCUGGGCUUCAAGGACCUCGAGGGCGUCGUCGCCUACAUGCACGGCUGGGACCGCGAGGGCCACCCCGUCUGCUACAACGCCUACGGGGUCUUCAAAGACAGGGACAUGUACGACCGGGCCUUCGGAGACGGCGACCGCCUCGCGCGCUUCCUCCGCUGGCGCGUCCAGGUCAUGGAGCGCGGCGUGCGAGCGCUCAGCCUCAGGCCCGGGGGCGUCAACGCCAUCAUACAGGUCACCGACCUCAAGGACAUGCCCAAGCGCGAGCUCCGCGCCGCCUCCAAUCAGAUCCUCUCGCUCUUCCAGGACAACUACCCAGAGAUGGUCGCGCGCAAGGUGUUCAUCAACGUGCCGUGGUACUUCUCGGUUCUCUUCUCCAUGAUCUCGCCGUUCCUCACGGAGCGCACCAAGAGCAAGUUCGUCAUCGCGCGCGAGGGCAACGUCGCCGAGACGCUCUACAAGUUCAUCCGGCCGGAGCUGGUGCCGGUGCAGUACGGCGGCCUCAGCCGCGCUGGCGACCUCGAGAACGGACCGCCAAAGCCGGCGUCCGAGUUCACCAUCAAGGGCGGCGAGAAGGUGUUCCUAGAGAUCGACGGCAUCGAGGCAGCUGCGACAAUAACGUGGGACCUGGUCGUCGGUGGCUGGGACCUCGAGUACGGCGCGGAGUACGUCCCGGCGGCGGAGGACAGCUACACGCUGUGCGUGGAGAAGACGAGGAUGGUCCCGGCCACCGCCGACGAGCCCGUCCACAACGCAUUCACGGCGAGGGAGGCCGGCAAGAUGGUGCUGUCCAUCGACAACUCCGGCUCCCGGAAGCGGAAGGUCGCCGCGUACCGGUACUUCGUGCGCAAGCCGUCAGUGCAGUGACAUACAGUCCGCGGCGGCCGGCGGCUUGCCGGCCGGCGGUGGCGGCAGGAGUUCUUUAUGGAACGGACGGCGAACUGCUUGCUUGGUCUUGUUGUGGCCACGGAGGGGAGAGGCUAAUUUAGGUCUAUUUAAUUAUUAGUGCUAUAAUUAUAUGCAUGUAUUAUGCCAUAUGUAGAAUAUAAUGUAAGAGCUGUUGGACGUUUGUCAUCAUCAUCAUCUCUAUAAAGCUAUUGAGUUGAGUUUUU